AGGCCCGCAGCGCGCUCAAGGCCGCCAGGAGGAGGAGCCCGGCGACGGAUCAGGCAGCGAGCCGGCCGUGUCUGCGUACAGCCACGGCGCCGACGACGACAUGUUCGAGGCCGCCGCCGCCGUCGCCCUCGACUUCGUGGGCGGGUCGGCCCAGGCCGCGUGGAUGAGCCGCCCCCUGGAGUACUGCGCCUCGGCGCCGCUGCGCUGCGGGCCUCGCCAGGCCGUGUUCGGCGUCAUCUCCUUCGCGCUGAGCGGCCGGUCGGAGGAGCCGCCUCCGCUCCCGGAUGGGCCGCGCGUGCGCGCGCGGUGCGCAGCCGCCCGCCGAGUGCAUGGCCACCCACGGGGUGGCCCCACACCGCCUCGUCGCGGCCUGUGUGGGCGAGCAGGAGGAGGCACGCCAGGGCGCGCUGAAACGCGGCUUCCGCAGACGGCUUCCAGAUCGCUCAAGAGACGCAGCGCUGGGAUCAGAGGAUUCAGCGGCGUCCAGUGGAUAACUGAAU